GAAAUAAGCACUGAUGUGAGAUAGAGAAACGAAGUCUUUAGCAGAAGAAAAUGUAGACCUCAAGAAAUAAUGCGACUCCCCCUCUUCAUCACGUUUUUUCCAGUGCAUAUUAGACUGAGUGGUUCUUGUUUUUAGCAAUACUGGUUUGAGAGGAAGGAGUGGAGUGAUGAGGAAUCCAUACCAUGAGUUUACUGCUGCUCUACUGCUGAUCCUGAUGGCUUGUUGCUGGUUCGCAUGUGCCACUGACGGCUUUACCGGCAGUUAUGUCCGCAAAGCCAAGAAGCCAAAGGACAUGCCUCUUGAUGCCGAUGUCUUCAUGCUGCCCCCAGGUUACAAUGCUCCCAACCAGGUUCAUAUAACUCAAGGUAACAUUGAUGGAUCGGCGAUGAUUAUAUCAUGGAUUACAAAUGAUGAGCCGGGAACUAAUACAGUGCUCUUCGGGACAUCCAAUUACAAUCUUAGUUUCCAAGCUGAAGGCCGUGUUAAUCAGUAUAAGUUCUUCAACUAUACAUCCGGAUUCAUCCACCAUUGCACUCUUAAGAAUUUGAAGUUUGACACGAAAUAUUACUAUGAGGUCGGAAUUGGGCAUACAAGGCGGAAAUUCUGGUUCAAUACACCACCAAAAGUUGGCCCUGAUGUUCCCUACACUUUUGGUCUUAUUGGUGAUCUUGGACAGAGUAAUGAUUCGAACAUUACGCUUGCACAUUAUGAAUCCAAUCCUGCUAAAGGACAGGCAGUGUUGUUUGUCGGAGAUCUUUCUUAUGCCGAUAAUUAUAAUCAUAAUAAUAUCAGGUGGGAUACAUGGGGAAGAUUUGUCGAAAGAAGUGCUGCAUAUCAGCCUUGGAUAUGGACUGCAGGAAAUCACGAGAUCGAUUUUGCUCCUGAACUUGGUGAAGUUGAACCAUUCAAGCCGUAUCGGAAUCGGUAUCAUGUUCCUUAUAAGGCUUCAAAUAGCACAGCUCCAUUUUGGUACUCAAUCAAGCGAGCCUCGGCCUACAUCAUCGUCUUGGCAUCGUAUUCAGCAUAUGGUAUGUAUACUCCACAGUAUCAAUGGUUGGAAGCUGAAUUCAAAAGCGGAAAAAUUGACAGAAGUGAAACACCAUGGUUAAUUGUCUUAAUGCACUCACCAUGGUACAAUAGUUACAAUUAUCAUUAUAAGGAAGGUGAAAGCAUGAGAGUCAUGUAUGAACCUUGGUUUGUGAAAUACAAGGUUGAUGUUGUGUUUGCAGGCCAUGUACAUGCCUAUGAACGCAGUCAUCGAAUAUCGAAUAUUGCGUACAAUAUUGUAAAUGGGAAUUGUAGGCCAGUUGCCGAUCUUUCGGCUCCUGUUUAUAUCACCAUCGGCGACGGAGGGAAUCUUGAAGGACUUGCCACCAAUAUGACGGAGCCACAACCAAAAUAUACAGCUUUUAGAGAGGCCAGCUUUGGUCAUGCUAUUUUUUCUAUUAAGAAUCGAACUCAUGCCUACUUUGAAUGGCAUCGCAAUGAUGAUGGCGUUGCGGUGAUUGCUGAUUCUAUGUGGUUUUACAAUAGAGUUUGGAAUGGCAUCCAUGAUUCGGUCUAAUCUUACUUUUGGAAUAUUUAUAUGUUAUGUAGUAUCAUUUGAUACUUUAAUGUCUAUAUAUAAUAUAGACUUUAUGUGUGUGCAUUUAUCUAUCAUUGUAAAUUUCUAAUGAAGCAUGGAAUAAUAAUUUAGUUUAUGUAAA